UCCUACGUGGCUAGUAGACCCAAUCAUAGUCACUCUUUGUCUCUCCCAUCAUCAUUCUUUUGUCGAACACAUUUCGACAUCGUACUCUGCAAUUUUUUUCUGAAACGCGUCCGCAUGAACGAGCCGCGAAAGAUCCUCCAAAUCCCACCGCACCUUCAAAUACCAGAGACUCUCCCUUCUAUAAUCUCCGCACUAAAACCCUACAGAUCAUCCACGUGGCAUGGUUGUAGCAACCAUGGCCUGGCUCUCGGGGGCCACUAAGAGCAUCUCCCUGCACCAUCUCUUCUCGCAUCACGACAAAUCGCACCCGCCGACGCUCGGAAUUCUGGCGUUCGAGACAGCGAAGACGAUGACCCGACUCGUCUCCCUCUACAGGUCCCUUGCCGACGACGAGAUCUUGAAGCUCAGAAAAGAGACCAUGAGGUCUAAAGGCGUCGUCUACUUGAACACCCAAGACGAAGGAUUUCUUCUCAAGCUUGCUUGCGCCGAAAGGCUCGAGGAUCUCAAUCACGCCGCCCAGACCGUCUCCCGUCUCGGCCAGAAGUGCGCCGAUUUCGGGCUUAACCAGUUCGACACUGUGUACAACGAUUUGAAGCUGGGGAUCAUCGACAUAAGCAAACUCGAAUUCGACACGAGAGGCGUCCAGAAAAUCAUUGACAGAAUGGAGAAAUCGAUAUCCACUACUGCGAAUCUGUACGCGGCGUUGGAAUCGCUCGCCGAGUUGGAAGUUUCGGAGCGAAAAGUUGACCGGUGGAGGAACUGUCUCGGAAACAAACAGAGAACAAAUUCGGAAUAUCUAAAGCAGAAAAUCACGUUUCAGAGAAAACAGGUGCAACACUACAAAGAAAUCUCGUUGUGGAGCCAGAGCUUCGACCGGAGCGUGGGGCUGAUGGCGCGAACCGUUUGCAUCGUCUACGCCCGAAUCUGCACCGUUUUCGGACCCUACAUUUCGGGUCUACCAUCUCUGUCGAAGAAUAUGCGUCCGGGUAAUUCAAAUCAGAAAAAGCAAAUCUUUUGGUUCGAAAUCCGAGACGCAAACGAAAAGCCGGGUUCGAGGUCGGGUCCGAUGCCGAAGACUUGUCAGAAGAAGGAGAUAGUGAGGUUCUUCAGCAGCGAAUCGAACAACUUUCUUUCCGACGAAAUCGGGUUCACGAGCGACGUGAAUUGCGGAGCUAUAGGGAAGUACAACCAGGUUUUCAGUUUGGCUCCGGAGUCGACGGUGGGAGGGUCGGGGCUGUCGCUGCGCUACGCGAACGUGAUAAUAUGCGCGGAGAGGUGUUUGUACGCGCCGGCGACCAUAUGCCAGGACGCGCGUGAAACGCUGUACGAGAUGUUGCCGGGGAGUAUGAGGGCGACGGUGAGGGCGAAGCUGAAAAGCCAUUGGGCGAAGAAGGAGGAGGAGUCAAAUGGGUGCGAUGGGCACUCGCUGGCAGCGGGGUGGAGGGACGCGCUGGAGGAGAUAAUGAGGUGGCUGGGACCACUUGCUCACGACACGGUGAAGUGGCAGGCGGAGAGGAACUAUGAGAGGCAGAAGUUUGACCCGAAGCCGACGGUGCUGUUGUUGCAGACGCUGCAUUACUCCGAUUUGGAGAAGGCGGAGGCUGCUAUUGUGGAGGUUUUGGUGGGGUUGAGUUGUAUAUAUAGGUAUGAGCCUCGCUGAUUGCAAUUUGCAUGCCUGGCCUUGUUCUUGUGCUGUUCAGUGGGUGGAGACUGGAGAUCAUCAUCAUCAUGCUGGGUUUUCAAGUCCUCGAUCGACUCUUUUGCCUGAACAGUUUUGUUUCUUUAUUUUUUAUUUUUUUUGAUUAGUUGAUCGAUCUUAUACGAUAUUCUUUUCACUUGGGUGAGAUUGUUUUUGAUUUU